GCUUCUUCAACAGCGACAAAAGGCUUCUGAUUCAACCAUCGCAGUGGUUUGCUAGCGAACAUAAAACUGAAACAUUGAAGCUCUUUAGACCAAUCUUGUGUAUAUUACUCUUAGUGUUUUAAACAUAAUUCUCUUUACCUUUCUACUAGUUCAUUUAUACGUAAUUUGCUUGUUAAAUUAGCAAAUGUGUUAAAUUGAUACAGCACUAGUCUAAUCUCCCGGAGCAUGAGCUCACUAAACUUUACGGAGAAAGAAGCUCUAAUGAAAGAAGAGGUAGAAGCUUUCAGAAUGAAAAAGGAGGAAGAGGCGGCUGUCACAUUGAAAGAAGAGGAUGAUAUUACAGUGAAAGAGGAAGAUGGGAAAGAGGUUGUCAGAGUGGAUGAGGAGGAGGUAGAAUCUUUCAGAAUCAAAAAGGAGGAAGGUGCCAUAACAAUACAAGAAGAGAAUGUAGUGAAAGAAGAGGAAGAACCUUUUGGAGUAAAACAGGAAGAAGAGGCUAUCUCAAUAAAAGAGGAGGAGGACGACGUUUUGGGAGUGAAAAAGGAGGAGGAGGCUGAAUAUCAGAUUACCACCAGAGAGAGACAUGACUAUUGUCGAUCCUCUGGGAAGCCUCAACAACAUCCUGAUGCUGACGAGGCAGAGAAGAGUCUCUCCAGAUCAGAACACCAGAUGGACAACGCUAACCCUUCCUCCCUCCCGGAGUCCCUGUGUCGUGCCUCUCCCGGUAGCACCUUACUGCUGGGUAUGAAGAGGGUGUCUGUGCUGCUGGUGGACUGCAGGAAAACAACGGGGCUGAGUGGAACUGUGAGAGGAGGAGAAGAGAAGAAAGGAUCAGAUUUGACUCAUCAAAGAGGAAAACCAAACUUGGAACUGGAGAUGUCCAAACCAGCAAGACGACACCUCUGCUCCCAGAUUGGAAAGAGUUUUACGAAGUUAGGAAGCCUGAAAAGACAUGCGAGGACACAAACAGGAGAGAAGCCAUACAAUUGCUCUCAGUGUGGAAAGAGCUUUAACAAGUUAGGAAACAUGAAAUCUCAUGAGCGAAUACACACAGGGGAGAAGCCUUACCACUGCUCCCAGUGUGGAACUAGGUUUACCAAGUUAGGAAGCCUGAAAAGACAUCAGAGGACACACACGGGGUCGAAGCCACACCAUUGCGCCCAGUGUGGAAAGAGUUUUAACCAGUUAGGAAACAUGAAAUCUCAUGAGCGAAUACACACAGGGGAGAAGCCUUUCCAUUGCUCUCAGUGUGGAAAGAGCUUUAGCCAGUUAGGAAGCCUGAAAGCCCAUGGGCGAAUCCACACAGGGGAGAAACCUUACCACUGUUCCCAGUGUGGAAAGCGUUUUAACCGGUUAGGAAAGCUGAAAGAACACAUGAGACUGCACACAGGGGAGAAGCCUUACAAAUGCUCAGACUGUGGGAAGACAUAUUACUCAUCACAGUCACUUAAAAGUCAUGUGAAAAUCCACACAGGAUAGAAUAAUUACUUCUCCUAGUGUGUAAAUUUAUAUUUCACAUCACAUUGACUUAAUUACUUCUCCUAGUGUGUAAAUUGAUAUUUCACUUCACAUUGACUUAAUUACUUCUCCUAGUGUGUAAAUUGAUAUUUCACUUCACAUUGACUUAAAAUUCAUCAGAGAACUUGCACAGUGCUCCGUUGUCUUAUAUUGUUGACUGAUAAUGUGUUUACCUGUUUUUACCAUAUGAAAUGUAAUUAUACAAAGAAUAUUCAAACAUAUAUGUGUAUGUUUUUAUUAGAAAACAUGAAUUGAAUAUGGAGUAUGUCAGUUUGAAUAUAAAGUAGGUCAGAUUC